AUGAACACUUUGUUCCUCAAUACAUCAACUUUAAGGGUGAGCUUCCAGAUAGAUGCAGAUAGAGAAAGUCGUGAACUUCACUACUAUCAGUGGGUACCAUUCAUAUUGAUGCUUCAAGCGCUACUUUUCAUGAUUCCCCGUACUGUAUGGAAAACCUUCAAUUGGCAAACAGGCUUGAAUAUUUUCGCGCUUGCCCAAGCGGCAAAUGUCACAAAACGAGAAGGACCGAAGCGCGUUCUUAAGAAGGGCGACGCAGAGGUAGAAGCUGCAGCACCUGUGGCACAACACUUGAACUUCGUUGUUAAGUUCAACCAAAUGAGGGCAACUCGCUACGCUUCGGCAAUUUCUCCAGUAUGGCGGGUUUAUGUAACACACCUGUAUAUUUUCUGCAAAUUUCUCAACCUGAUGAACAUCAUGCUGCAGUUCGUCGUUCUCAAUCACUUUCUUGGCCCACAAUAUUCGUUUUGGGGUAUCGGAGUACUGAAUGACCUCAUUCAUGGUCGGCAAUGGUCGGAAAGUGGACAUUUUCCUCGUGUAACAUUUUGCGAUGUGAAUAUACGUGAGAUCGGUAACGUCAACAAGAAGACUGUACAAUGUGUGCUGAUGAUCAACAUGUUCAAUGAGAAGAUCUUCCUAGGAAUUUGGUUUUGGCUGUUGAUUGUCGGUGUAUUGACGUUGCUGAAUCUUGGCUAUUGGGCAGUCAUCAGCUUCAUGCCUAGUUUCUCUUAUACAUUCAUCGCAGGCAAUUUGGAUGGUGUUACAGUGCUCCGUUUAAUUAGCGAUAAUGCAGGCGAAAUGGUGACUUCAGAAGUUGUUGCAGACCUUUGGAAUAUGUAUCAGGAAGAUGCCAAACGUCAAUCUUCGCAAACAGUUGAAGACGAUGGUGAUAUGAGUAUAAUGAGUGGAGAUUCGAAUAAUCAUCUGAUCGGAAGAUGA